AACGCCGUUGUUGCAUGUGCGUUGCCUUCGAAUUUCUAAAUUUGGAACUUUUUUUAAGAAAAUUUGUUCAGCAGCUGAAAUGACUCAAAAAUGCGAAUCAACGAAUUGCGAUAAGGAGGCGACACUUCAGUGCCCCACUUGUCUCAAGUUGGGCAUCAAGGGCUCCUUUUUCUGUUCGCAGGCAUGCUUCAAAGGGUUUUGGAAAGAACACAAAGCGAUCCAUGCUCUGGCCACUGGCGUGGGAAAGCCAAGAGUCGAGGAUAAUGGCGUCUAUAAUCCGUGGCCUCAUUUCCGUUUCACCGGUAAUCUGCGACCCUUCCAACAGACCCCUAAGAGGAUUGUACCCGAUGCCAUACAGCGACCCGAUUACGCCGAUCACCCAUCUGGAAGGUCACUGUCGGAGGAGGCGUUGCGUGGAACGACAAUCAAGGUGCUGGAUGACGAUGAGAUCGAAGCAAUGCGAGUCGCUGGACGCCUGGGACGGGAGUGUCUGGAUGAGGGCGCCAAAGGCAUUGAGGUGGGCACUACAACGGAUGAGUUAGAUCGCUUAGUCCACGAGGCGGCUAUUGAGCGGGAUUGCUACCCGUCGCCCCUCAACUAUUACAACUUUCCCAAGUCGUGUUGCACGAGUGUUAACGAGGUGAUUUGCCACGGUAUACCCGACAAACGGCCGCUGCAGAAUGGCGAUAUCUGCAACAUCGAUGUGACCGUUUACCACCACGGCUUUCAUGGCGAUCUCAACGAAACGUUCUUUGUGGGCGAUGUCUCCGAGAAGCAUAAGAAACUAGUGCGUAUUACGUACGAAUCGUUGGCCAAGGCGAUUGAGCUAGUGCGUCCCGGCGUCCGCUAUCGUGAGAUCGGAAAUGUUAUUCAGAAAUAUGUGGCGCCUCACGGAUUCAGCGUGGUGCGUAGCUACUGUGGCCAUGGAAUCCAUCGUGUCUUCCACACUGCACCCAAUGUGCCACACUAUGCUAAGAACUCGGCCGUUGGCGUCAUGGCAGCUGGACACUGCUUUACCAUCGAACCUAUGAUAUCCGAGGGUGUUCAGAAGGCUGAAUCUUGGCCGGACGAUUGGACCGCCGUUACAGCCGAUGGCCUUUACUCGGCCCAAUUCGAGCAGACAUUGUUGGUUACCAAUAAUGGCUGUGAGAUUCUCACUAAACGUCGCAACAACAAUGGACAACCAUGGUUUAUGGACAAUUUGUAGUUGUGACUUGUUAUGAAGCCUUUAUUUUUCUUAAAAUAUAAAACUCUAAAUCGAA